UGAGCGUUUGAAAGUACCGGGAGAUGUAAAAAGUGCGGUACGUUUGUGCUGUACAUUAUUCGGAACCCUAUUCUAUCCACUUCCAAUUUCAUUUAUCACUAUGUCCUAAUCUCAUGCUUGUGUUAUUUAUAAUUGUUGUUCAUUGCUUUCUCCGUUGAAUACAUUAAAAAAGUUUUGGUCAAUUUGUAAUGGUUUGUUCACCUGGUUCUCAAAGGUCUAUAAGCCGAAGUACAGCUCAUACUCAUAGUGCAAGCCGUAGUCGUUCCAGAAGUGGCAGUAUUCGACGAAGUUACACACAUUCAAACCAUAGCCGGUCAGCAACCAGAUCAUUUUCUAGACGCAGUUCCUGUUCACGUCGAAGUACUAGAUCCAAAAGUCAUUCCAACUAUUCUCGUUCGCAUUCUGGUAGUCGACAUUCCAGGUCAUGGUCCAGAUCACGUUCUCGUGGUCGAUCAAUUUAUUCAUCACGUUCACGUUCUGCUAGUCGUUCUAGAUCAAGAUCUGCUUAUCGUAGUAGUCGAAGAAAAUUAUUUUUUAGAAGUAGAACAAGAAGUUGUUCUUAUCACUCAAUUCGUUCACGAUCACGCAGUGUUAAUUCAAGAAAUAUUUCACCAAGUAGUAAAUGUCUCAAAGAUCCAAGAGAUCGUUCUAAACGUGCACACUGGACAAAUAAUGUUUGGUUAGUUGGUGAAAAAGCCAAAGAUACAGUGUUUCAUUUCUGUGAUCUUUGUGAUUUACCAAUUGUCAUCUAUGGACGUUUGCUUCCGUGUAAACAUGUCUUGUGUUAUACAUGUGCUAUGAAUCUUAUGAAAAAAUGUAAUAGAUGUCAAAAAUCGGUACAAACUGUAGAACGAUGUCUAGUUGGUGGAAUAUUUAUGUGUUUUGAAAGUGAUGGUUGCCGGCGUACUUAUCUCAGUCAUCGUGAUCUUCAAGCUCAUAUUGAUCAUCGGCAUCGAACUGGGCCAACGGUUGUCAUUACUUCAGUGACUAAUAAUAACAAUAAUAAUAAUAAUAAUAAUACUAUCACUAAUACAAUGUUAACUAAAAAUGAUAUUGUCAAACAUUCAGAGCUAAUUACACCAUUAUUAACAAAUCAAAUGAAUUUCACUGAAGAAACAUCUCAACUUUCUAGUAUUGUAGUACAUAAUGUACAACCAACCAAUACUAUCAAUACUACUACUACUACUAUUACUACUACACCACCUUUUUCAAUAAUCGAUAAACCAACAACAGCAACAACUGGUUUACCGCCUCAAAUGUCGCUAUUAGGUCCAUCACCAAGAAUAAUGAUGUCAUCGACCAGUGGUAGUAGUAGUAAUAAUGGAAUAACAACUCAACAACAACCAAAUAAUAUUUUUAUUAAUCAUCAAAAAACUAGUGGCCUUUUACCAUUGCCGCCUUCACUUGUACAAACAUCAUCUUCAUCAACGCUGUUUCCUAAUCGACUUCCUAUGGGUAUACCUCGACCUGUUAAUAGAUUAAACAAUCUUAAUAAUAGUACAGGUAUUAUUGCUACUACUACUACUACUACUUCUAUUACUACUAACAAUAAUGGUAGUAGUUGUAGUAGUAAUGUUGGUAGUAGUACUAUGACGAAUCAUAAUUUCCCUUCGCCACUUCAACAAUUUACAAACUGUCCGCCUACACUGCCACCACCACCUCUACCAUCAUCAUCAUCAUCGAUUGGGGGAGCACUGAAUAUUCGUGCAUCGCUACCGUCGGCAUUCCUCACGAAUAAUUCACUUUCCGCUCCGUCUUUAUCGUCAUCGUCGACGACGAAUGUACAGCAUAAUCAGAACUUUGGUGGGGCUUCUGCUGUUGCUGCCUUGGCUGCUGUGGUUUCAGCUGCGAUGUCAGCAGCAGCUGCGGCAGCAGCUCAAUCGAAGCCGGUUGGGUUGACAGGAGUUGGUGGGGUAAAUCAUUUAACUGGUGCAACAAUGCAACAAUCAUUGACUAGUAAUCAAAUCCAGGCAAGUAAGCGCAUAAAAAUGCUAGAAGAAAAAAUCAAGGAAGUGACAGGACAAAUUAACUCCGCAACUCAAAGAGCUGUUCAUGCAGAAGAAGAAUCUGAAAAUCUGGCUGCUGAAUUAUCAGUUCUACAAGACGAAGCCAAUGAAUGGAAUGAGAAGUCCAGUCAUAUUCAAGAACAAAUCAGCAUGAUACGAAUUGAUAUUAGUGAAGUUUAA